AUGCAGUGCACUCCUGAAUCUAGUCUUUAUCUUGAUGGCUAUAAAGGGCAGCACUGCUACGAUGACUGCUCUGACAGUGGAUACUCAGGUUUUUUCCAGAGCCCACACAGCACCAGUGGAGCUGAUUCAUGUAGAUCUUUGUCUCCGGUGGAACUGGAUGAAACGCCCAAAGAGAACCUCCGGGUUUCUGUCACGCCAAAGAAGAUCCGAGAACAAGUCAGAUUUUUGGGCAGAGACUCCAGGAAGGUUUCAGCUGUAAGCUGGUGUGAAACUCCUAAAAUAUGCAAAAGGGAUACCUCGCUGCGACAGAGACUUCUACUGUGUAAACCCACUGUAGAUGUCAAAAAUGACAACACAAGAUCACCGUGCACCAGAAGGAUUGAAUCCCCUGUCAGUGGGUCUGAACCCUAUUUGAAUACAUCAUUUGACUCUGUAGACACUGAGAUGGGGGCAUUGGACCAGGACCUGCCACUAUCAGGCAGGAAGCGCCGUGUUCUGUUCACACAGGUGAGGACCUCAACUCUUGAAGAUGGCAAGCACAACUGUUGUCGCCUUCCCAGUUUUGAGAAAGAAGCCUCACUCACAGAUCUAGACAUGAGUGAACACAUUUUUGCAUCUGGUCAAUGUAAUGUCAAGACUCCAGGCUUCAACGAAUUCCUGUCCAUCUCUAAAGAAAACUCUCAGUCACCACUGGGCAGCAUGACAGAUAAUCUAUAUAAUGGCUCAAGUGUCUUGUGCACACCAUCCUCUGCACAUACACCCAGCUAUAUCAGGUCGUUGAGUGAGGACAGCGGUUUCAGCUCAGUGACUCUUGAUAAAUCGCAAGACUCCACAGUGGACCAUGAUGGCUCGUUCCAGGAGCUGCUGCUGUCUGCCUCCAAAGGAAACUCUGAAACUCCAAAUCCAACAGAGGGAAGGCGCCGCUCCCGUUUGCAGCGUCAGCACAGGCUCUCUACGCUUAAAGAAGGUGGCUCUCAGUCUGAGGAAGACCCAACGGACAGAAAGCAUCAACAUCCUUAUCAAUGUUACAGCCAUUCUAAAGAGGAUGAGGUUUUUGCUGGGGAUAUCACCCCUCGCAGUGUCCUCUCUGUUAAAUGUGGUAAUGCCGUGAGCUCUGAUCACUUGGGCUCAGCAAAAAAAGAUUAUACCACCCCACAAAGAGUGACUAAAACCAAGGCACAAGACAUGACCCCUUGUUCUACAGAUUUUGGCAAUCCAGAUAUCACACCACUCAGGAUGACUCCAGUUAACCUCUCUCUGACUCCAGCGCUGCAGCUGGUUCAAGCUAUGUGUCAGCACCAUGCCCAGAUGUUGGCUGGUCAAAGUCCAAGCCUGAAAGAGCAGCUGAAGUCUGCAGCAGCACUGACCAAGACCCCAAGCACUCUUCGGACCACUAUGCCAUUGGCAGGGCUGAUUGGCAGGAAGAUGGGCCUGGAGAAGGUGGACAUACUCACAGAGCUGAUGAAGAGGAACCUCAGGCACAUCCUGGCUGUUAUACUUUGCCAGAUGGACUCUGAGAGUGUCUAUAGGUGCAGCUGUGUUUGCAAAAGCUGGAAUCAAAUUCUCCAGCAAGACAAGCUAGCUAGCACAAUGAGAAGAAGCCACCUGAGUCAAGUGGAGGCUGCUCUUGAGAAAUGUCAGGAGUCCGAACAGCAAAAGAAGCGCAUAUUCUCCGAAAAGUGGUUGCAGGAGCUUGGUGCUGCUGUCCAUGUCGCUGAUGCAGAGACCAGAGCCAUGUUGCUUAAGCGAUCAGCUCUGAAGACAGUUCAGGCCCAGUCUAGGACCUCCAGCUACUGCACUCCACAGUCAGGAAGCAGGGCUUUAACGCCACUGCAGCUCAGCGCCUUGCAUUCAGACAGCAGCAGCAAACGGGAUAAAUUUCUGGAGGUUGCUAAAACCCUCUUCAAUGAUGAGUGCCUCAAGCCUUGUCCGAGAUGUCAGCAUCCCAGAGUGCGGUAG